AUGGUCGAUCGAUGGAGUGGAAAACAACAAGAAAUUAAUCGAAAAAAUCCAAUAAAUGCAAUGAUUCUCAAUAGAAAUUCUGUUAUUCAAGAUUAUUCAUCAUUUUAUAAUGAAACAUCUAAAUCAAUUCCAAUAUUUACUGAAUGUGAAGUACUUGUUGUGGGCGGUGGACCCUCGGGAAUAUCAGCUGCUUUAGCAGCAAAACGAGCUGGAGCUGAUACUAUUCUUUUAGAAAAAUUUGGUUGUUUUGGAGGAGUUAUUACAACAGUCGGCAUGGAAACGAUCGGAUGGUAUAGAUAUGAAGGCACAGUUGAAUCUCAAGGGGGAAUUGGAAUUGAAAUGGAAAGAAUUGCUGCGAAAAUGGGAGGAACCAUUAAAUGGCCUUAUAAUGAUAGUCAAUGUUUAGAUGCUGAUUAUUUCAAAAUUGUUGCAGAUCAUCUUCUAACUGAAGCUGGAGUACGACCAAUUUUACAUUGUUUAGCAGUAGAAGUUAUGUUAGAAAAUAAUCAAAUUAUUGGAAUUAUUACAGAAAGUAAAUCAGGUCGAUUAGGAAUACGAGCAAAAAGAGUUAUCGAUUGUACUGGAGAUGCAGAUAUUGCAUAUUUAGCUGGUUGUAGUUAUCAUAAAACUCCUAAAGAUGAAAUGUUAGGAGUUAGUACAAUAUUUUCUUGUUCAAAUAUUGACAAAGAACGAUUUCUUAAAUAUACUGAAGACAAUCCAGCUACUUAUGCUGACUGGGGUGGAUUUUGGACACAAGAAACAUCUGGAAAAGAAGAUCAACUACGAACUCCAUAUUUAGAUAAAGAAUUUCAAAAAGCAAAAGAAAUUGGUAUUAUUCCAAAAACAUCCAAUAUUGGUGGAUCAUGGUCAUCAUUGACAGAUGCUGGUGAAGCAACAAAUCUUAAUUUAGUUUAUAUGACGAAUUAUGAUUGUACAAAUGUCAUCGAUUUAACAAAAGCUGAAAUGGAAGGAAGAAAGGAAACUUUACAUGCAAUUAUGGCUUUAAAACAUGUUGUUCCUGGUUUUGAAAAGGCGAAAUUAAGAAAUUUUGGUAUGACACUUGGUUGUCGUGAUUCACGAAAAAUUAUUGGUCAUUAUAAUUUAACAGGAGAUGAUGUGAAAAAUCAAGCAAGAUUUUAUGAUAGUGUUGGCAUAUUUCCAGAAUUUAUUGAUGGAUAUAACAUUAUUAUUCUUCCUACAACUGGACGUUAUUUUGAAGUACCAUAUAGAUGUUUAUUACCAUUAGAAAUCGAUAAUCUUUUAGUUGCUGGAAGAUGUGUUGCUGGUGAUAAAAUAUCUCAUGCUGCAAUGAGAAAUAUGGCUGCUUGUACAGUCACAGGACAAGGAGCAGGUGUUGCUGCAGCAAUAUCAUUAAAACAAGAUGUUACAACAAGUCAAGUAGAUCUUGAAUUAGUACAAAAUGAAUUAAUUCGUCAAGGUGUGAGGAUCCAUUAA